UUGAAACAUGUCGAUGGAAGAUGGUUUACGUCCGCGUCGGCAGCGGAUGAUGCACAUUCCAUUCCUGUUGUUCCUCCAGGCCGUUCUCAUCGUCCUGUUUGGUUUCUUCGUUGAAUACGAUUCGCCGGCCGAGCCCGAGAUUCACGCAGGUACGACGGCACCUAAAAACACAGCCCACGAUGGCGUCGGAAAUAGCAGCGACGCUGGCAAGAAGACAACUGAAAGUGCCAACGGACAUCAUCGGGCUAAUGAUGACGUCAAUACUCUCGGACAUUAUUAUCCCAUGUUUCAGGAUGUCCACGUCAUGAUUUUCAUCGGUUUCGGAUUCUUGAUGACGUUCUUGAAGAAGUACGGCUAUAGUGCUGUUGCUCUCAAUUUCCUGAUCGCCGCCAUUACCCUACAAUGGGCCACCCUCUGUCAGGGAUUCUUCCACGGGCUGGGAAGCUCUGAUUCGAUUCACGUUAGUAUUACCAAUUUGCUGAACGCCGAUUUCGCCUCGGCCACGGUCCUCAUUUCUUUCGGCGCCGUCCUCGGAGUGACGACGCCCUUCCAACUCAUCGUCAUGUCCUUGAUUGAGAUUGUCAUCUUUGCUGGCAACGAACACCUCGGAUUGGAGACGUUCAAAGUUUCGGAUAUCGGAGCUUCGAUGCUCGUCCACGUCUUUGGCGCCUAUUUCGGAUUGGCCGUCAGUUUCAUAUUGCGCAGAGAUCACACGUCUGAUAAUGAAGGACCUUCCUACACAUCCGAUACGUUUGCAAUGAUUGGUACCAUUUUCCUUUGGUUAUUUUGGCCCAGCUUCAAUUCCGGAUUGGCUGAAGGCGAUGCCCAGCAUCGGGCAGUGAUCAACACUUACUAUUCGCUGGCCGCUUGUUGCGUAACGGCCUUUGCGCUCUCCUCUUUGGUCAGCAAAGACAAUAAAUUCGACAUGGUGCAUAUUCAAAAUUCGACAUUAGCUGGAGGUGUGGCUAUUGGCACCGCGGCCGAUAUGAUGAUCCAUCCUUGGGGAGCCAUGGUAGUCGGAAGCACAGCGGGAGCCUUGUCCGUUCUCGGCUAUCGAUUCUUUACGCCUGCAAUGAACAAGAAGUUGAACAUCCACGACACUUGUGGUGUCCACAAUUUGCACGGGAUGCCCGGCGUGAUGGCGGGCAUCGUCGGAGCAAUUACCGCUGCCAUGGCAACCCAAGAAGAAUACGGUGUCAGUUUGUUCCGUCAGUUCCCGGCCAGAGUACCCGAAUUAAACACGACGGAAUUCAUCCAGCUGAAGAGCCAAUUUGCUGAUAUGGAGCCAGGCCUGGGCCGUUCUGCUACCAUGCAAGCGGCUUAUCAAAUGUAUGCCCUUCUAACCACUCUCGCUGUCGCCAUUGUAGGUGGUCUUCUGACAGGAUUUCUGCUGAAGUUACCCAUCUUCGACCAAGUUCCCCGCCAUAGGCUGUUUGAUGAUGAACUGUCUUGGGAAGUGCCCGAAUCUGAGGAACAUGAAGACCACCUUUUACAUCAUGCUGAACAAGGCCGGAACAAGAGGAUUGGGCCAGCCACCGGUUCGGAGCCUGGCAUGAUUCCGCUAAUGAAUCGAUGAUGAGUGAACUGCUGCAAAUGCAAUGCAUAAAGGAAAGUUAAGCAAUUUACGAGACACUGCCUUUCACAUACUGCCAGUUGUGUUACAAUUACAUGAUUAGUUUUGGGCACGAAAAAAUACAAAUCUCAUUGUGGAAGAA